AUGGCCGAAAAUCACCAGGAGGCACCUCGAUCGUCUGUUCACCCUCCGUCCACUCUCCUCCGGCAUCCACCAUCCAUCAACCCCGCAAUCGCAAGUCCCGGCGCGGUCCAUCUCGUCGUCGCGCGGCACCCGCGAUCCUUUGCCGAUUUCUCCGCCAUGGCUGCUAGCAGUUCCUAUCCGGAUCCUAGCGACACCCAGAUGAACCAUAGCAGUGGCCUCUACGUCCACCAGAAUGGUGCCAUGUCCCCCGCACAGCACCCACAGCAGCAGCAGCAGCAUGGCCCGACUGAUCCUGAGCUGCAGCUCCAGGAGAACCUACAGCAGCAUCUUGGUCGACACAUCGCGAGCGCGCCGCCGCAGGAGCAUUCCAUGAAUCCGCCCCAUCACCAGGUUCACACCCCAAUCCGGCCGACACACUCCCCGCAGCAGAUGGCGCAGAACGGCCUCAUGAGCCUCGAGGACCAGGGGCACUACAUCGACGACGGGUCGGGUUCGCGCAAGCGUUCCAAGGUGUCUCGCGCUUGCGACGAAUGCCGGCGCAAAAAGAUCCGAUGCGAUGCGACCGGCGAGAAUGGCCCCGAGGCCUGCUCCAGCUGCAAGCGCACCGGUGCGCGCUGCCAAUUCAGUCGCCAGCCGAUGAAGCGAGGCCCGAGUAAAGGCUAUAUAAAGGAGCUUGCUGAUCGGCUAAACACUCUGGAGAGCCAGAUUGGCGGAAAUCCUUCAGGCACUCCACAGCCAAGCUAUGAUAUACCCUACGGCUUGGGGGAGCAGAUCAACGCUUUAGCAGACAUGCAGACUCCCACGCAAUAUGGACGGAAACGCACCCACUCCAUGUCCGAGGGCUUACAAGACCCUUACGGUCCAACGCAUCGACCUAACAUGGGCUGGUCAGCCCAGGAAAACACCACGCAGCGUGAACAGUAUCCGACCAACGGCGCUCCAGCGGGGAUCAACUUUCCACACGACUCGAGUGAGGCAGUACUUAAAGCAUACUAUAUACUGGUUCAUCCCACGCUUCCCAUACUCCCUCUAGACCCCGCACACCUGACACGCAUAUCAUCAUGUCCCCUCGGCCUACGGAAUGCCUUUUACCUCGCUAUGGAGUGCGCCAUUCAGGCCUUGUCUCCUUCAAGUCUUCCACGGAAUGAAGCAGGGGCCGCCCAACUGAUUCACACUGCUCAGGGACUUCUUGUAAAGGCCGAGGCGACUCUAGGUGACGACGACCAUGUUCGCCAAUUCUAUAACAACCUUGUCUACAUUCAGGCUCUGUUGCUGCUCGCAUUUGCGUCUGACAAGUCCAGCCCCUCUUCGAUGAGCAACACAGCUGAACUAAUCGCACGAGUUGUUGGUCGAGUCUCAGCUAUUGGCCUCAACGAUGCUAAGGUCCUCCACUCUAUACGGGAACAGGAUAUUGAUUCCUUCAAUACUGCUCGACGGCUGUUCUGGGUUACUUUCAUCUUGGACCGUUUCCACGCAUCAAGCAUGUCAACAGAUCUCUUCAUGCCGCUACGCUGCGGAAAAAUCUCCAAGAAUGACCAUCAGGCUCUGGGAGAAGUUGCAUAUCACCUUGCCAGGACCUCAAAUGUGAUUGGUCAGGUCGCGUACAGCAUCCGGUCAAGCAGCAUUCCAAACGAUGACCUUGAAGCACCUGACGCAUUCCCUACCUUAACUUCUACCUCGCCUGAACUCCUGUUUCUCGAAGGCCAGCUAGACAGACUAGAGGAGUCACUAGAUGCGACAAAUUUGUCGAUCAAUUCCCCCCCGCUAUUGGCAUUUCAAUAUCUUCGCUUGAUUGUUGCCCGGAUGUCUUCGUCUACCCCUCCUGGCGAUAUCCUGGCACUUACGCGGGAGCUGCUUACAAACCUCACUCAUGGCCCAAUCUCCCCGCUCAAUCACAUAUUCGCAAGUCUGGUGGCAACCUCACUAGUUGAGAUAUCCGUCCGCUCAGAGACUCAGAGCGAAGCUACUACAGCAAUCGCUGAGAUGGACGAAGCCAUAUCAAACGGCCAUAUCGUGCACCGGAGUAUCGAGGGAUCCGGCUGGGACUCAUCAAUCCGGGACCUGCUGCGCUCAAAGCUUCCCAACGAGCAACCAGGAUCAAGAUCCGGAUCAAGCGUGCAGCCAAACAUGGCAGGUCUUCAACACCUGGCAGCCGCGGCCGUGGGCGAGCGCGCGGGUACAGAUACAGGGGCUCGUCCGGUGAGCAGUGGUGGCAAUGCUGCAUCGACUGAAACCAAGGGCGACAUUGCGGCCGCCGUUGCUGCGGCAAGCGAGGCAGCGGCCGCGCAGGCUACAGCUGCUGCGGCGCAGCAACAGCUGCAGACCUCGAAUACCCAAGAUUACGACCCGAGGGCGUUGCUCAAGGACGGCUUCAUGAGCGCUCUCACCUAGUCGUUCGGCGAACCUCAACGAUCUGAAUGAAACAAUUCCAAAAGUGCUAUUCUAGUCAACUGGGCACGCCUAUCAGGCUAUCAUAUUACGACGGCGUCAUACAUCGGCUAGCUGCUCAAGCCAUCGGCACAGAUAUAUCUCGAUUAGGGUAGACAGGUGGUUCCACUUUUCAUUGUACACUAUUUACAGUAUCGAGGGGUGAGGUGUAUUACAUGCCCGUCUUUGUCUCACUUCUCCCCUGUCUUUCCUUCUAUACCCUUACCAGACCAUUGUUCUCUUUCCUUGCAGCCAGAUCGUGGCUGGGGCGCUCGGUGCUGGGCGUGGUGGCUUGCGUUUCAGGUUUUAGUUGAUCUCUAGGGCGCAUGUUGUACCCAUAGUCUCCAAUACGAAUUCAUGCUGGUAUGAGCCGGGAUAUAUCCUAGGUGUCCUCCAGAACGUGUGGGGUGCUGUGAGUGCGAGAGGAUUAU